AUGGCCGACACGGAACAGACCAACGAACAACAACCGUGGACUCCCACCAAGGCAAACGGCGUCCGCACUAAUGGUCGAGCAUUCAACUCGUCAAAUUGGCGCGUAAAAAGCGACGACAGCCCCAGCACCAACAGCCCCCGAUUCAACAACCAGUCCGGCAACAACUCCCCCCGUUCCCCCUUCAACAAGUCAUGGCAACCGGUGCCCCAAUCGAUCACCGAAGGUCGACGGCUCUAUGUUGGCAACAUGCCUUACACGGCCAAGCGGGAGGACGUGGAGACCAUCUUCGAGGGAGGAGAAUACUCAAUCGAACGCAUUGAUAUCUCGAUCGAUCCUUUCACAGGCCGCAACCCGUCCUACUGUUUCGUCGAACUAGCCUCAAAGGAGCAAGCCGAACGCGCAAUGGUGGAGUUGGAUGGCAAAGACCUCCAGGGACGACCCAUCAGAAUCAAGCCUGGUGUCGCAAAGUCGGCUCAGGACCGCUCUACCACCGCGCGCUCUCCUCAGAGUUCUCCUUCUCGUCUCAACGACAACGCCGGUUCCCCUUCCACCCUCGUUGACCGCUGGCAGCGCAAAGAUACCGCCUUCUCGAACAACAAGCCGAAUGACAUUGAAAACAGCCGUCGCUUAUAUGUCGGAGGUCUCCCAAAGAUAAUGGAUAAACAGGCUCUUGAUGCCGAUGUCCAAUCCUUCUUCAAGGGAUACAACCUCGAGGCAAUCUCCAAGCUCAUCACUCCUCAUCCCUCCAAACGCUUCGAGCCUGGCGACCACUACUACCUCUUUGUCGACUUUGCAACCAUCGAAGAAGCCGCUGCAGCACAAACAGCCCUCGACGGACAGGACGGACCUUGGGGAGGAAAGUUACGGCUCSGAAGAGCUCGCGGCGAGUCUACAAAAAUGAUUUCCGACAGGCAGAAGCUGGCUUCCCAGACCGACGACCUUGAAGAUGCCGCUAUCUCUGCGGCGUAA